AACUUCUCCCGAGAAAAACCACUAGGGUUAUUGGUUCAAAAUCCGCGUUUUCUUCUGGAUUGCUUUCAAUUCGAGUCUCAGCUCUUUAUUCCAAGAUGUCACAAGUGGAGAAAAUUGUAAUGGCUGAUGUGAUGGACGGGGCAGAUUGUAUUGGUAGCCACAUUGACCUAGAAGCCGAAUCGCAGCUCGAUCUACAGGCGAGUCACCCUUAUUCGACUCAUCCCGAAAAGUGGCGGCCGUUGAUUGAGGUGAAAGAGACAUUGCAAUAUCCUUUUGAAGCUAUUUUGAUGUUUGAUAAAGCCCACGCGGAUUUAUGUGGAUUUUUUCCGGAUGUUCGAUGUGCUUGGGUAGCUUCUAGCCAUUCGUUUCUCCUGUAUCCCUUCGAGAGAAAGAAUGGACAAUGUAUUCAGUUAACCCUGAAGGAGGAGCAGGUUAUUUGUGCGGCUGGUCUAGCCAAAUGUAGACCUGGAGAUUUUACGAAAAAUGCUCAUUAUAUUUUGGUGCUUGCAACUAAUGUUGAGGUGGUUCUGUUUGGAGUCUACCUGCCUAAAGAAGGAAGUACUGGAAUUGUAGUAAAAUCUCUAUAUACAACAUCAUCUGAUCGCAUUGCAAUUACAUGCGUUGCAUGUACCAAUAAAGGGCGCAUUUUCAUAGGUGGGUCUGAUGGUAACAUUCAUGAGCUGCAAUAUACCACUGCUGGUGGCCCUAAUAUCUUGAGGUUGGUUAAAGAACAAAUAUUCACGUUUAAAGCUACAGAUCCGGUUAGAAAGAUGGUAAUUGAUAAUGAUAGGCAAAUUUUAUAUGCCCUCACCAAAGAGAUGAAACUUCGAGCAUAUGUUUUUGGGCCAAGUGAGGGAGAUCAUCUUGAGAAGCUGGCAGAAAUUAAGAAUCUAUUAAAGCAGAGGGAUACGAAUGUUAACAAGCCGUUGAUAGUCAGCAUUUUGCCAUUGCCAUUGCUAGAAUCGAAAUGUCUGCACCUUGUUGCAGCAAUAUCAGAUGGCAGGAGGAUAUAUCUUUCCACCACCCGUAGUGGUAGUAUCUUUGGUGUGUUCAACAACCAAAAUCAGAUUCCAAACUGUUUGAGAGAGGUUUCAACUAGGCCAUCACCUCCAAAAGCGGUCGGAGCAACAACUCAGAAUGAAGACCUCUUGAUGAACGUUGAAACAGCAUAUUAUUUUCCAGGAACUGUUGUUUUUUCUGAUUCAUCGCCACAUCGCAUGGCUUCUCUUCUUGUUGCUAGCAGAGAUUCAACCGUGCAAUCUCAGGUUGACAGCAGUUCAGGGCAAAGUUCUCGGGCUUUACGGGAAGUUGUGUCCUCCCUACCAAUCAAAGGGCGCUUUCUUUUUGCGACAGAUUCACUCCCCUCUCCUGAUACUGCCGCUACUGUUCAAUCAUUAUAUUGUGGACUCAAAGUCUCGGGAGAGUCUUAUGAAAAGGCAUGUGCAAAACUCUGUGCCAGAGGUGAUCUUUCGACCCAGCAUAUUUUGCCAAGGAAAAAGAUUGCUGUUUUUACCACUGUGGGUGUGGAGGUACUGGUUAUUAAUCGGCCUGUUGAUAUCUUUAGAACAAUUCUGGAAUCCCCAUCUCCAAGGUCCCUUCAAGAAGAUUUUUUCACCCGCUUUGGAGCAGGCGAAGCAGCUGCCAUGUGCUUGAUGUUGGCUGCCAGGAUAGUAGAUUUUGAAGAUAUAGUUAGUUCCAGUGUUGCCAGUGGAGCAGAUAACGGUUUUCAAGCCAUGAGCCAUAAUUUUCACGAAGCCAAGCCCUCAUUCACAAGUGCUCACGAAGGGAUCUGCCUCUGUACAUCAAGAUUACUGUUUCCCUUAUGGAAAUUUUCUGUGAUGUCUAAAGAGACCAGUUCUGAUACCAUGUCUAAAGACGGAAUUGUUACUUUCCGUUUUUCUACCAGUGCUAUGCAAGUGUUGGAAAGUAAGAUUCGUAAGGUGGAAAGAUUCUUAAGGUCUAGAAGAGACGAGAAAAAGGGGCUUUAUGGAGAUCUUACUGAUGUUGAAACUGACAUUAAUUUGUCCAAGUCUAGCUCACAAUGGAGAGAAACUUCCAGCAGAGGCGAGUCAGCAAAUAAAAGACAGCGGAUUCUAAUUAGUACUUCUAAAUCGGCGGCUGCCAAAGAGGUGAGCUCCAUCGAGUGUAUUAGGCAGUUGCUGCUCAGAUCUGCAGAAGCCCUUUUCCUACUCCAAUGUUUUUCUCGACAUCAUCUUGCUAAGUUUCAAGGCCUUGGCGCAAGCUUAAAGCAAGCUUUGGUUCAGUUGACAUUCCAUCAGCUAGUUUGUUCAGAAAAUGGUGACCAAACUGCAACAAGGCUCGUAUCUGCCAUGAUGGAGAAUUAUAAUGGCUCAGAUGGCGAGAGAAGAGUUGACAGUAUUAGAAAGGAACUUCGUAAAGGUUGUCCAAGUUACUUCAAGGAAGCUGCUUAAACAAGAAUGACAUUUAAUUCCAUUUAUCAAUGGAGGUUGCACAUACUUCGACAUUGACUCUUGUGGUGGAGUGAAUGGUACUGAAUGUCAAAUACAUGACCGUGAUCGAGCUUCUUGAUACUCUCUCUAGAUCAUAUUUGCUAUUUCUUUAUGAACCUAUCUUAUCUCUCCCAUGUAGUACUUACUAUCUCUACCUAAUUGAUCUGAGUUUGGACCGCAAACGUGUAAGACAGGUGCUUAAAAAAUGAUAAGAGACUUUACAAUCAGAAUAUUUUUUUGAUAAAACAGAACAAAGAUA